AUGUUUGUUCGAUACGGAUCUGAUCUGCUUGCGACUGCGAUACCAAGACGAAGAUCGAAAUUUGCGUGUUUGGAGAAGGGCGAUGCGAUGUUUGGAUAUGGGGCUGGGCAGAGAAUCCCAGGACCGGCGGAUCAUUUGGCUGCUGUGCUAAAUACUGGACAUCCACAUCUAGUAUAUGGCACAUACUCAAGGGUAGAUCUUAGAUUCUCAUUGGAAUAUCAGGAAUAUGUCAAGGCUGCUGGCCCUCCCCCCCACACUGCAGUCUCAAAGUGGUUUUGUCUGAGACUGUUGAUUGCGGACAAGUAUGUAGGUAUCUGGGCACUGAAACAUAGGUAA